UCCUUCCUUGCGGUAGGUGAGAUCACCCAAUUCUUUUUACAUUUCGUAAAUUUGACGGAAACAGAAUCACCAUUACAUUUGAAUUCCCCACCGAUUGUCGAUAAAGUAAUCGAUUUUGCACAAUUGGGGUAACCAUUAAAGUGCCAUCUCAAACGAUGUUUUAAAAAGGUAAACAAAAGUUAUCCUAAUUUUUGUGCUCAAAAAUACCAAGAUUAUGGACAGUGAGGAACGGAACUUGGAACAAUUCCUGGCAGGCAAGCAUCCUGGCCUGCUGGCGGAGCGACAGCCAAGCGGUGCGUGCAUUAUCCGUGGAGUUAUCUGCAAUGAUGGAAACUGGCGUCGCCUGAAGCUUUAUGUACCCCAUCAUCCGGCACUCCAUGGCUUCCAGCUGUAUGUGCAGGAGCACUUGGAAUACAAACUCUAUACGGCUGAUAACCUAAAGGUUCAGGAUGACUGGCUGCUGGAGGACUUGCUGGGGAAUCUGGAAAAGAUUCUGCCCAUCAAAGAAACCAUAUCCUGCAUAAGGGAUGCCCCGGAGCAAGGGAACAUAUACGCCGAUAUCCUGGCGCUACACAAGCCCAAGGAGUACCGCCUGCAAACGAACGAUGCCUGUUCCCGAAUUCGUUUCAGCGAGUUUGUCGACUACGAAAAGCAUUAUUUGGAACUGGAAGUGCCCUCUCUGCGGCUGCUGGAGAACAGCCUGCCCGACUGCAUUCCGUUGGCUGAAAUGAUGGUCAAGAGUGCGAGGACUUUGGAGGAUGUCCUCAUACUCUUCCGCAAGGUUCUGGAGGAGCUGCGCCCGUUCUACGAUAACUUCAUGGACAUCGAUGAGCUGUGCCAUGUGCUGCAGCCGUCUCCCGUUACCACCAAGCAUAAUUCACGGGUGUUUCCUCUCAUGGAUCGCGUCUACCUUAAGGUGACCAUCGUUGAUCCCUUUGCCUGCAUUGCCUCCAUGGCUUUGAAGAUCAUUGGACCAACGGAGGAGGUGGCACGCUUGCGGCACGUGCUGAGCGACGGUCUGGGGAACUGGGACCCCGAACUGGACAUGCACAAGAACCUGCUGCGCAUCUUUGACCUUUGCUACUUCCCCAUGCCAGAGUGGACGGAUGAUCCAAAGCAAAAGGAGGAGGAUGACGAGCAGAAGCGCUGCAACAUCUGCUUCGAAUAUCGCCUUGACGGUGGAGAAGUGCCUCUAGUUUCCUGCGACAACACCAAAUGUGUUCUCAACUGCCAUGCUGCCUGCUUAAAGGAGUGGUUCCAGACAUUAAUGGAGGGCAAGACCUUCCUGGAGGUCUCUUUCGGCUUGUGUCCCUUCUGCAAGGCGAAACUCUCGACUUCCUUUGUGGCCCUAUUGGAUGACUGAAAGACAGAGAUCCCGCUCAGUAUUUCC